GCUCAUUAAAUUCCAGCCUCCAAUAUUGCCAUCACCCUAGAAUCCAUUGCAGAGAAAUCCUCCACCAUGACAGACCACCUUCAAGUUCAGCAACAGAAGUUGGAGCUACCGCUGGGGUUUAGGUUCCACCCGACGGAUGAGGAGAUCAUCAACUCCUAUGUGAUCCCCAAGGUGCUCGAUGAAGCCUUCGUAACCGCGGCGAUUGAAGAUGUGAACCUGAACAAGUACGAGCCAUGGGAGCUACCAGAGAAGGCAAAGAUGGGGGAGAAGGAGUGGUACUUUUACUCCCGAAAGGAUCGCAAGUACCCCACUGGGAUACGAACGAACCGGGCGACGGGUGUCGGCUAUUGGAAGGCCACCGGAAAGGACAAGGAAAUUUUCCACCCGCCACUCACGCUCAUCGGCAUGAAGAAGACGCUCAUCUUCUACAAGGGCAGGGCGCCUACGGGGGAGAAGACCAACUGGAUCAUGCAUGAGUAUAGGCUUGAGAGCAACAAGGAGCUGACAUCCAACCCGUCCACCGCAACCCGCACCGUCACCGCCACCAAGGCGGCUUCCAAGGAACAGUGGGUGGUUUGUAGGAUCUUCCAUAAGAGCACCGGACUGAAGAAGGUGGUGAUGCCGUCAUAUGUCAUGCCAAUGUCCACUGGAGCAGAACAUCAGCAGGGGCUCACUGACUUAGAUACAUUUCCUCCUCUCAUGGACUAUGACAUGUCGUCAUCGCUAGCAAAUCCAACGUUGCUUCCUGCAGCUUCUUCAUACCAGUUGCACGACAUCGGGGCUGGCUCAUCGAUGAUUGGCAGCAUGGCGCUUCCUAUGAUGAAUGACCACUACAUCGGGAACCACCGCCAGCAGAUGAUAUCAGACCCAACACCACCAUUGCCAUUCUACCAACAACAUCAGCAAAUGAUGAUGUAUAUGGGUGAAGAUCAGAGUUUCAUGGUCGGGGCUAAGCCUGGGUGUGGUCCAUCGUCAAUGGUGUCACAGGAGGAUGCCGUGACCGGGCUGAGCAACAACUACCAGGGCAACGCCGCCGCAACAGCAGGUGGCAAGACCUCGUCAGUGAACAUGAGUAUGGAUGACAUGUGAAAGUACUGAUGAUCAGAUAAUCCAAGAUAACAUAUAUAUGUGUGUGUGUGCGUGCAUAAAUUUAUAAUCCAUGGGACGGUCGUUCGAUAUAUGGCAACCCGUAUAUUGGUUUGCGCCGUAUUUAAUUUCUCAUUGUGACCGCUAGAGAGUUUGCAUGCAGUCAUGCCUCUCUUGUGCUAGUUUUUCGAUUGUGUGUAUGUGUAUUGGCUUGUAUGCACUAUCCACCCGGGUUUACCUGGCGAUAUAUGCAUGUGUUUUAAAAUA